UUAUUGAGUGUGUGGUGGGGCUGGCUGGCUAUGGUCAUGGUGGGUCAUUUGGGGUUAUCGCCACGAGAAAAUCCUUGCCUAUCCCGCCUUCCCGCUUCUUCUUGCAAUUGAAUCUCAUCUUCUCUACUUCCCAUUUCUAGAGAGAGAAAAACUCUCUCUCUCUCUCUCUCUCUCUCUCUCUCUCUCUCGCAGUCACUCACUCACUCAUUCACUCUAUCUUUAGAAAUAUAUUAGAUAUAGAAAGUGACGUACCAACAAAUUGUAUGUGGAGAUAAAGCUGCUAAGCUAAGUGAAGAAUUUAGCUUAGUUAGCUAGCUAUAUGGAGCAGCUUCUUCUUCAUUGACGACCAUGGAUACGCCUAAGAAGACUCAGAUAACUACUCCGCUUUCUAAAUUCGAGGAUUCACCUGUCUUCAACUACAUCAACAGUCUAUCUCCUAUCAAGCCAGUGAAAUCCAUACACGUUACUCAGACAUUCCAUUCGCUUAGUUUUGCAUCUCUGCCAUCCAUUUUCACUUCUCCCCAUGUUACUUCUCACAAGGAAUCAAGAUUCUUAAGAAGGCAUAACUAUUCAGAUCAGUCAAAACCAGAAAUCUCCUCUGAAAAUGGAAAUAAAGUUGGCAGCAAUGAGGGGGAUGUAGCUCAGUUGUAUGAUGACUCAAGAGAGCUACAGGAAAAUUUUGAUGCAGGAGUGUCUAUUGCUGAAGCUUCUAUUGAACCUCCGAGUGAACAUGCAGAAUUCGCAAUUGAGCUGCCACGGAGGUUCAAAUAUGAUUGUGGUAGUCCAGAAUGUGACACAAUGUCUUGUUGUGGUCCUCACGUGGAUUGUAUGUCAGAAUUGGCUGGAAUAUCCGCACUAGAAGUCUCUCAAAAAUGUGCAGACAUGCAUUUACAGGGGAUACACCCGACCAAGAGGAAAAAAGAAGCUGCAGAUUGUGACUGGGAGAGUUUGAUAUCAGACACUGCUGAUCUAUUAAUUUUUAAUUCUCCUAUUGACUCAGAAGUUUUUAAGGGGCUAAUGCAGAAAUCACUGGAUGCUGGUGGAAGUUAUCCUACUCCCCUUGAUGAGGUGCAAAUGCAAAUAGUUCCGGUUGGUUCUGUUGAACCUGAGAUGGAAUAUACUUCAACUCAACCUGGAGAAACUACUGAGCCUAAGGAAAUAAAACAGAGACUGGACAACCUGACUGCUAAUAACAAUCCAAGUGAGGAAGUGGAUAACGAGGUCGUUUCUAAUUUGCAUCGUGGCAUGCGAAGGCGUUGUCUAGAUUUUGAGGUGGUAGGAGCUGGUAGGAAGAACUUAGGUGAUAGUUCGAAUUCAAGUACAUUGAUAGCUGGGCAAUUUGAUAAGAAAACUGCCUCUAAAGAUAAGCAGCUGGUUUCUGUUAAGCCUGGCAGUGAUUCUUCAAGGCGUGUUUUACCCGGAAUUGGUUUGCACUUAAAUGCUCUGGCAAUAACUUCCAAGGAUAGCAAAAACGUGAAGAAUGAAACUCUGUCUUCGGGCAUAAGUUUGCCUAGCUCUGUUGCUUCUUUUCACUCCCCAACAGCUGAUGAAGAACUUAAUGAAUCAUUGGCUCUAGUUUCUGUUGAAAGAGACACGGAGCCAACUGAAAAUGGUGUUCCACCUGGGGAAGAUGUUUCUCAGGCAUCAGCUUCUUUAGUUGCUGAAGAGUUCAAUCAUAGUAGCCCCAAGAAGAAGAGGCGUAAGUUGGAAGGAGAAAGUGAGGCCUGCAAGCGUUGUAACUGUAAGAAAUCAAAGUGUUUGAAACUUUAUUGCGAAUGUUUUGCUGCUGGUGUUUACUGCAUAGAACCAUGUUCAUGUCAAGAAUGCUUCAACAAGCCCAUUCAUGAAGAUACUGUUCUUGCAACUCGCAAACAGAUUGAGUCUCGCAACCCUCUUGCAUUUGCUCCAAAAGUGAUUAGAAGCUCAGAAUCUGCAACCGAAAUUGGGGACGAACCCAGCAAAACACCUGCUUCAGCACGGCAUAAAAGAGGAUGCAAUUGCAAGAAAUCUAGUUGCCUAAAGAAAUACUGCGAAUGCUACCAGGUUUUUCUCCUCAAAAAUACCUUUUAUGCAUUUUUUGUUUCACUUAGACUGAUUCAUUAUCAUGGUUUUCUUGUGAAGGGCGGUGUUGGAUGUUCCAUUAACUGCAGAUGUGAAGGGUGCAAGAAUGCAUUUGGAAGAAAGGAUGGAUCUGCUCCUAUGGAAACAGAAGCUGAACCAGAAGAUGAAACAGAUGGAGAUGAAAAGAAUGGGGUUGACAGAAUCUCACAGAAAACUGAAAUCCAAAACAAUGAAGAGCAAAAUCCAAAUUCUGCUCUUCCAAUGACACCAUUACCACUUUGCAGACCAUUGCUUCAGCUGCCAUUUUCAUCAAAAGGCAAACCACCAAGAUCCUUUCUUGGAAUUGGAUCAUCUUCUGGAUUGUAUACUGCUCAAAAAUAUGGCAAACCCAAUAUUCUCAGACCUCAAACCAAGUUUGAGAAACAAUUACCAACUGUUCCGGACGAUGAUAUGCCUGAGAUGCUCAGAGGCAACUACACUCCCAGUACCGGAAUCAAGACUUCUCCAAACAGCAAGAGGAUUUCUCCUCCUCACAGUAUUUUAGGAUCAUCACCGGGCCGGAGAAGUGGCCGGAAGUUGAUAUUACAGUCUAUACCUUCAUUCCCUUCUCUCACUCCCCCACCAUUGAAAUGAAAUCUUAAUUCACAUAAAGCCAAAUGAAAUUCUUUGCCUUUUGUCAUGUUAAGAUGUAGUUGAGUGCUAGUUCUACUCUCUUGUACAAUAAUAUGCCAUCUGGCUCUCAUAAUGUCCAAGUACUUCAAAUCAUUGUAUAAUAUGGUAAUUUGUUUUUUUCA